AUGGACACCAUCGAGGAGGCGGUUCGUGUCGUGACGUCCAAGCCAGUGCAACGAGCCGUGGUCAACACCGCCCUCUUCGGCUCGGGUGCCGCCACCCUCCUCUUCCUCGCGUCGGUUGCCACUGGUCUGUUCUUCCAGAACUUUGUUCCUCACCAGUUUGUCACGACGCCGGUGCAUCUUCAAUAUGGCUUGGGUCCGAAUCCAUAUGGCGUGGCGUCCUUGACGAAACCGCCGAUGAUUAAGACGCAGCAGGAAUACGAGAUAUCCGUCAGCAUGUCGAUGCCACGUUCUGUCGCGAACCUCGAACGCGGGAACUUCAUGGUCUCGCUCUACCUUCUCGGCACCGAGGCGAACCAAAAGCUCGAAGAGGACGCUCGCGUCUUCGCCAACUCGCGCGAAAAACUGACUUCCCACAACGUCAUGUUGACUUCCCGCCGGCUCGCGCUGCUGCCUUACGUGGACCCCUUCAUAUCCACGGCCCGCAAACUCCUCUUCCUCCUCUAUCACCUCUUCUUCCCGAGCUCGCAGUCGUGCAAGAUGACAGUCGCAUUGGCCGAAAGAGUGACCUUCCCGGCGAGCUCGACCCUUCCCUUGUCCGCUUACGUCGAGGUCGAGGCUGGGCAGGACAUUCAAAUCUACAGCGCAUCGCUGACCAUGGCGGCGCGGCUGCGGGGCCUUCGGUGGCUGAUGUUCCAUUACCGCUUGCCCGUGUACAUGGCCUUUACACUUCUUUUCUGGGUCUGCGAGGUGCUCUUCAUGACGUUCGCCUGGGCGGCCUGGGGCGGCCUGACGGGAUCCAUCGAGACGGGGAAGCAACGUCUGUAUCGCGAAGAAGGCGACGAAGACGGGAGCGGAGCUGGCGAGAGUUCGGAUCGUCCGUACACCUUUCCCACAUAUGGAAAGCAGCCGCCGCUGAAGCACGAACCGAAGGUCAAGGGGGAGGGCGACGACGGACUCGAGCGCCGCCUCUCGGACAUUCCCCUCGCAGGUGCCGAAGCGGAUGACGAGGAGGAGCUUGACGAGAAGGACGAUGUCGGUGAAAGGCGCGCGUAUGACAGUGGCCUAGGUACAAGCUACAGCGAGGGGGGCAGCGGAAGCGUGCGCAGGAGAUCGCGAGGAAACCCGUAA